GGGGGCGCCCGGCCGCUGCCUGCACCGCCGCCUGCGUCGCGCUCGGGGGCCCCUGGAGGAGCGAGGGCGAGUCGGAGAGUCCGGGAGCCGAGCCCGGCGAGACCCAGCUGCGGGAGGGCGCCCGCCCCACUCAGCCGCCUCCUGCGCCCGAGCCGGGGAGCGCCGGCCGACCGCCCCGCGGGCCGGAGAGCUGGGAGCACAGGUCUCCGGAGCCCCAGGGAUGGUCUAGGAGUCGGCGCGAGGCUCGCUGCUCUGCUCCCUGCCGGGGCUCGCCGCCUCCUGCCGAUCGCCCAGGGCUGCGAGCCGCGGCGGCCGGGGGCUGCGAGCCGGGGCGGCCCAGGCCGGAGAAGUUAGUUGUGCGCGCAGCUUAGUGCGCGGAGCAAGCGAGCGACCGAAGAAGCAGCGAAGCGCCGGGGCCAUGGGCUGGGGGAGCCGCUGCUGCUGCCCGGGACGGCUGGACUUGCUGUGUGUGCUGGCGCUGCUCGGGGGCUGCCUGCUCCCCGUGUGCCGGACGCGCGUCUACACCAACCACUGGGCAGUCAAAAUCGCCGGCGGCUUCCCGGAGGCCAACCGCAUAGCCAGCAAGUAUGGAUUCAUCAACCUAGGACAGAUCGGGGCCCUGAAGGAUUACUACCACUUCUAUCACAGCAGGACGAUUAAAAGGUCAGUUCUCUCAAGCAGAGGAACACACAGUUUCAUUUCAAUGGAACCAAAGGUGGAGUGGAUCCAACAACAAGUGGUAAAAAAACGGACCAAGAGGGAUUAUGACUUUAGCCACGCCCAGUCCACUUACUUCAAUGAUCCCAAGUGGCCAAGCAUGUGGUAUAUGCACUGCAGUGACAACACACAUCCCUGCCAGUCAGACAUGAACAUCGAAGGAGCCUGGAAGAGAGGCUACACGGGAAAGAACAUCGUGGUCACCAUCCUGGAUGACGGCAUUGAGAGGACCCAUCCAGACCUGAUGCAGAACUACGAUGCUCUGGCGAGUUGUGACGUGAAUGGGAACGACUUAGACCCCAUGCCUCGUUAUGACGCGAGCAACGAGAACAAGCACGGGACCCGCUGUGCUGGAGAAGUGGCCGCCGCAGCAAACAACUCUCACUGCACAGUUGGCAUUGCUUUCAACGCCAGGAUCGGAGGAGUUCGAAUGCUGGAUGGAGAUGUCACGGAUAUGGUUGAAGCAAAAUCAGUUAGCUUCAAUCCUCAGCAUGUGCACAUUUACAGUGCGAGCUGGGGCCCAGAUGAUGAUGGCAAGACUGUGGAUGGACCAGCUCCACUCACCCGGCAAGCCUUUGAAAACGGUGUUAGAAUGGGGCGGAGAGGCCUCGGCUCUGUUUUUGUCUGGGCAUCGGGAAAUGGUGGGAGGAGCAAAGACCACUGCUCCUGUGAUGGCUACACCAACAGCAUCUACACCAUCUCCAUCAGCAGCACAGCCGAAAGCGGAAAGAAGCCUUGGUACCUGGAAGAGUGUUCGUCCACGCUGGCCACAACCUACAGCAGCGGAGAGUCCUAUGAUAAGAAAAUAAUCACUACGGAUCUGAGGCAGCGUUGCACGGACAACCACACUGGGACAUCGGCCUCAGCCCCCAUGGCUGCAGGCAUCAUUGCACUGGCCCUGGAAGCCAAUCCGUUUCUGACCUGGAGAGACGUGCAGCAUGUUAUUGUAAGGACUUCCCGUGCAGGACAUUUGAACGCUAAUGACUGGAAAACCAAUGCUGCUGGUUUUAAGGUGAGCCAUCUCUACGGAUUUGGACUGAUGGAUGCGGAAGCCAUGGUGAUGGAGGCGGAGAAGUGGACCACUGUUCCCCAGCAGCACGUGUGUGUGGAGAGCACAGACCGACAAAUCAAGACAGUUCGGCCCAACAGUGCGGUGCGCUCCGUCUACAAAGCGUCGGGCUGCUCCGACAAUCCCAACCACCACGUCAGCUACCUGGAACACGUAGUUGUGCGCAUCACCAUCACCCACCCCAGGAGGGGAGACCUGGCCAUCUACCUGACCUCGCCCUCAGGAACCAGGUCCCAGCUUUUGGCCAACAGGCUUUUUGAUCAUUCCAUGGAAGGAUUUAAAAAUUGGGAGUUCAUGACCAUUCACUGCUGGGGAGAACGAGCUGCUGGUGACUGGAUCCUGGAAGUUUAUGACACUCCCUCUCAGCUGAGGAACUUCAAGACUCCAGGUAAAUUGAAAGAAUGGUCUUUGGUCCUCUAUGGCACCUCCGUGCAGCCAUACUCACCCACCAAUGAGUUUCCUAAAGUGGAACGUGUCCGGUAUAGCCGCGUUGAAGACCCCACUGAUGACUAUGGGACAGAGGAUUAUGCAGGUCCCUGUGACCCUGAGUGCAGUGAGGUAGGCUGUGAUGGGCCAGGACCGGACCACUGCAAUGACUGUUUGCAUUACUACUACAAGCUGAAAAACAACACCAGGGUCUGCGUCUCCAGCUGCCCCUCUGGCCACUACCACGCUGACAAGAAGCGAUGCAGAAAGUGUGCCCCCAACUGCGAGUCCUGCUUUGGGAGCCAUGGGGAGCAGUGCCUGUCCUGUAAAUAUGGAUACUUCCUGAAUGAGGAAACGAACAGUUGUGUCACUCACUGCCCUGAUGGAUCGUAUCAGGACACCAAGAAAAAUCUUUGCCGGAAAUGCAGUGAAAACUGCAAGACAUGUACCGAAUCUGACAACUGUACAGAAUGUAGGGAGGGGUCAAGCCUGCAGGGAUCCCGGUGUGCCGUUGCCUGUGAAGACGGACGGUACUUCAACGGCCAAGACUGCCAACCCUGCCACCGCUUCUGCGCCACCUGUGCUGGAGCAGGUGCUGGUGGGUGUAUUAACUGCACAGAGGGCUACUUCAUGGAGGAUGGGAGGUGCGUGCAGAGCUGUAGUAUCAGCCAUUACUUCGACCACUCUUCAGAAAAUGGAUACAAAUCCUGCAAAAAAUGUGACACCAGCUGUUUGACAUGCAACGGUCCGGGGUUCAAGAACUGUACGAGCUGCCCCAGUGGGUAUCUCUUAGACUUAGGAAUGUGUCAAAUGGGAACCAUCUGCAAGGACGCAACGGAAGAGUCCUGGGCGGAAGGAGGCUUCUGUAUGCUAGUGAAAAAGAACAAUCUGUGCCAACGGAAGGUUCUUCAACAACUUUGCUGCAAAACCUGUACAUUCCAAGGCUGAGCUGCCAUCCUAGAUUUCUUUGUUCCUGUAGACUUAUAGAUUACUCCAUAUUAUUAUUAAAAAGAAAAAAGCAAGCAAAAAAAAAAAAAAGCAAGCCACCUCUCUCUUUCUUGCUCUCUUUUUCUCUCUCUCUCUCAAAUUUGUGCAGGGAGAUGGUGAACUGUUUUGUCAGAACUUAAAUGGAAAAAAAAAAAAUAAACCUACAACAAGCCUACCUUUUAUAACUGGGUGUUUAGUGCUAAACAGCCAGAACCACAGAGACAGUAUUGUAUGACCAAAGCAUUUGAUGCCAAAAUUUGACGUUAAAGUAAUGAUUUGACUUCCUGCCCUGUUUUUGAAGGUCCAUUUCUUUUCCUUUUGCAUUUACUUGCUUGUUUCCCCUUUGAGACGCCUAAAAAUAUACCUUUCAAAAACAUCACAAGAGCAGACACAGAUCAAAAUGAAACAGAAAGCUCAGGCAUCCAUCAUUUCUCAUGCUUGAGUCCACUGUUGGGGGAAAUGGCAGAAAACCGGACCUAAGGGCAUUAAGAACAUCCCGCAGAGUUGUGUUCAGUGUCGUCUGUCUUGGUUUUUCACAGUUGACCAUUGAUACUUUCCACACAUAAUUUACUUCAUGCAUUGUGUGCUGGUUUUGGCAUUAUGCCCACUUGAUAAGUCUGCUCCACUGGUUUCAUCCAAUAGACUUGCUGCUACUGGCUUUUCCAUGGUAGAUUCGGUUAUUUCACAUACAGCUGGUCGAAUGGGAUUGCUCUGCAUAGUCAAAGUGGUGAUGGACAGAAUGCAAAGAUUCACAAAAUAGCUGAGACUGAUCCGGCUCCCCCCAAAUCCAGAGUGUUCACUUGUAAACCCUGCACAAUCUCUUGGUGCUAUUCAGCCAUUAUCCCCAUAGCAUUUUUAUUUUUUUUUUAAGGCCAUCAGAAAUUCCAUGUGUUGUAGUGGGAAGCAUUUUGGAUAUGAUGAAGAAAAUUUCUUCCUGGAGUCAAAAGUUUCUAAAAGGUCCUGUAUUUUUAAGAAAUGGAAUUUAUUUAAAUAAUAUUUAAGCUCGUGCCCAAGUUGGCCGGGCAACAUUUUUCAAUGGUGCUUAUUAGAAGUUUUUUUCAUCUUGUCAUUUUAAGAAAAUAAAACUGGAAAUGGAAUAUGGGCAGCAUGAUUGUACCCUCCUGGUUCUGUUCUCUUCCCACUCCUCUGUCCCUCUAUAACCAUGCUAUGAUACACCUGUCCACUGAAUGUCACUGAGAUCAUCUGUUUUCUUGGAAAUAUCUUCACUGGUUUUCUAUGACUCCCCAAACACAUCCUGGAAUCUAGCAGACUGAAUUAUGUGAAGACUGUUUGGAUCAGUGGUCAAAAAUGAGGAAACCUGAUAGAUCUUUUUAUAACUCUGAGUUUCUCUGUUUAGGAGAGGAUAGACUGAUAUCAAGUUUCUUCAUGUUUCAUAUCAAAGCUCCAUUGGUGACCUCAUUUGCUUUGAGAAUGACCAGCCAUCUUGCAAGCUUUAGGCUUCUGACAGCCUCACUUCCAAGAUGUCACUGGCCUCACAGAUGAGAAGAGGAAUGAUAUCAAUAUAGGUUAUCCUGGGAAGUGGAUGCUAACUAAGGUCCCCAUCCAAGCAGCAAGGUAGUAAAAAGCCUACCUUGAAAAUAUGCAUUCCUAGACAUCAAAGUUAACAUUGAACCCAAGGUAAAUAAUGAGUAUAAAGUCUAAUGACCCUCUUAAGAGCACUGUGGUGAUACUGAGUCAUGUAACGAUUCAUAUGUAACUAGGGAAUCAACUGAUUUUGUUGAGUAAUUCUCCUCUUCAUAACACUUCAGGCCCUUCUGACCGGAAGAAAGCAAGUUAGUCCCAGGUAUGGCAUGUAAAGUCUUACAUUUAAAGGCACAGUCUCUAAGCGGACAAAAGCAAGUGAGAGCCUAAAGCAAGGUCAAGCAGAUGGUGAAACCAGAUUUGCCUGCAAAGAAAUCCAUUUAACUGAACCCACCCAUAAUAUAUGAGGCACAAAGUUACUAUGAAGGGAAAGAUAAAAAUGAUGUCUGUGUUCUUAGACAAAUAACUAUCAAUCUGACAGUCAAAAUCGUUGGCGUCUACCAACAUGUGUUCCAUUUCUCACGGACCAGGCAGGCACACAUUGUGGAAAUACUGGUUUAACUACUAGUGGUUACUGCCUCGUUUAUCUACAGAAUAUUAUUAACUAGAACAUAAUGCUUUCAAAGUUUAAGUUAAUGUUAUAUAUUAUGUAUAAAUAUAUAUAUUCAUAAUGAGAUAUAUGUAAUGGAUAGUACAAAGUUUGGAGACUUAACAAAUGCUCUAACCUCUAGAGACAAAAGUCCUAUCUUCUGUUUUCUUUUGUCUUUUGAUUUUUCAUUAGUGAUCCAUUGUUAAAUCCAAAUCCACUUUUACUGAAAAAUACUGUACAUGUGUAAAAUGUUCAGUUGUUUUUUUGUAAAAUAUAGUAGAAUGGUUGUAAUUGAUACUGGCCAAAAUCAAUGUUA